AUGUUGUUCAUUCACUCUCUCUCUCUCUCUCUCUCUCUCUCUCUCUCUGACCCCUUGGCCCGUGACUCCCAAUUCUCUCUCUCUCUCUAUCUCUCUCUGACAACUCGGCUCAGUGCCUCUCACUUCUCUUUCUGUCUCUCUCUCUCUGAGAGACUCGGUUCCUCUCUCUCCCUUUCUGACCACUCAGCCCCGUGCCUCUCACUUCUCUAUCUCUCUCUUACCACUUGGUCCCGUGCCUCUCAAUUCUCUCUCUCUCUCUUUCUCUCUCUGACCACUCGGCUCCGGGCCUCUCACUUCUCUAUCUCUCUCUUACCACUUGGUCCAGUGCCUCUCAAUUCUCUCUCUCUCUUUCUCUCUCUGACCACUAGGCUCCGUGCCUCUCACUUCUCUCUCUCUCUGACCACUCGGCCAUGUGUCUCUCACAUCCUUCUCUCUCGCUCUCUGACCACUCGGCCCCGUACCUCUCAAUUCUCUCUCUCUGACCAUUCGGCCCCGUGCCUCUUACUCUCUCUCUCUCUCUCUCUCUCUCUCUGUCCACUUGGUCCCAUGCUUCUCAUUUCUGUCUCUUUCUCUCUCUCUGACCACUCGGUCCCGUGCCUCUCAAUUCUCUCUCUCUGCUCCGUGCCUCUCACUCUCUCUUUCUCUCUAUCUCUCUCUGACCACUCGGCCCCGUGCCUCUCAAUUCCCUCUCUCUCUCUGACCACUGGGCCACGUGUCUCUCACUUCUCUCUCUCUUUCUCUGACCACUUGGUCCCGCGCUUCUCAAUUCUCUCUCUCUCUCUCUCUGACCACUCGGCCACGUGCCUCUCACUUCUCUCUCCCUCUCUUUCUCUCUCUGACCACUCGGUCCCGUGCCUCCUUCUUUCUCUCUCUCUCUCUCUCUCUCGUCACACUAUAUAUACAUUUUGUUUAUAG